UGCCGCCGCUCGGGAACUGGACGGCCAGCCGUGGCCUUCUCGCGCGUUUCCUUUUUCCUCUCUUUCUUCUUGUCUUUCUCUCUCUCUCUCUUUCUUGUAAUCGGCACUGGCGACUGGCCUUCUUCUCCCGGAGCGUAUCCCGACAGUGAUGUUUCUCCCUGAUGUUCGGUAUUGACUCUUGUCCGACCGGAUUCUCAUUGAUCCUCGGACUGACGCGGUGAAAGUACUCGAGAAAGGGAAAGAGAGAGAGAGAGAGAGAGAGAGAGAGUACGCGCGUCCGACAAACUCCACGUGGUGCCGCGGCACCCUACUUCUCCAGUGGAUACACCCCUCGAGUACCCUGAACCCUGAACCCUGAAUCCCGCGACGAUCGAGCGAAGGAGGCGACAUGAGGCCGACCGUGGACCUGUUCGUCUGGACAUUGCUGGUCCCGCCGCUCCUAUUUGCGACGGACCCCUCGCAGAAGGCCGCUGGAGCAACGGUGGAAUGCCCGCAGAAAUGCGUGUGUUACAACAGCACGAUGCAGGUGCGAUGUAUGUUCCUAAAGCUGGUCCAAGUGCCACGGGUGCCCACCAAUGUCACCGUUCUAGAUCUCCGAUUUAACAGCAUCACGGAAGUGCGCGCGGGGUCGUUUGACGGACUCGACAAAUUGCACACUCUGCUACUAAAUGACAACCACAUUCGACGGCUGCCGGUGGGCGCGUUCGAGGGCGCACCGAAUCUACGGAUACUCUACUUGUACAAAAAUCGCAUGGAGCACAUCGCACCGGGCGCGUUCGCGGGGCUGCCACGACUCGAGCAGUUGUACCUGCAUCACAACCACCUCCGUGAGAUCCGACCGGGCACGUUCAACGACCUGCCGGCGCUGGAGCGUCUGUUUCUGCACAACAACAAGCUUCAUCGACUACCAGCGGACGCGUUCGUCAACGUCGGCCCGAUGACGCGGCUGCGUCUCGACAGCAACGCGCUCAUCUGCGACUGCAAUCUGGUCUGGCUGGUGGAACGUCUGCGGGACAAGCCUACGGAGAUGGCGGCGAUUUGCCAAUCCCCGCACAAGAUGAAGGGUCGCUCCCUAACAACGAUGUUGCCCGAGGACUUUCAUUGCACGAAACCGCGCAUUAUAGAAGGCCCGGAAGACACCGUAGUACGAUUUGGUGACACGAUAACGUUGAGAUGUCGAGUGACGGGUGAUCCGACGCCGAAGAUCAAAUGGAUGAAAAACAGGUCGAGAUACUCGUGGGAAACGGACGAUGAUAACGAAAGGUACGCGAUCCACGAAGACGGUGAGAAAUACGUGAUCCGCGAGGACGGCACCUUGAUCAUCUCUGGCACGACCGAGCAGGACAGCGGGAUGUACGAGUGCAUAGCCAGCAGCGACAUGGGCUCGACCAAAUCUAGGAAGGCCAGAGCGGUUAUCACGGCGGCGUCUCGGUUGAUACUCGCUGAAAGGCCAGAAUCGCAGAACGUGAGCGCCGGAACCAACGUGACCUUCUCCUGUCGAGUGCUAGGCAAUCCCAGGCCCGCGGUUCACUGGUUUCGAGACGGCCGAUCAAUCUCCUUUGGCGACAGAAUCUCGCUCGAGAACGACGGCACCUUGCUGCGUAUCCUCGCGGUUAAGGAAACCGACGCAGGCAAAUACGAGUGUUACCUGAAAAGUAUCGAUCACAUGGUCCAUCUCUUCGCGGAUUUGAAUGUUGUCGACUUCACGGCGCCUCGACUGCUCUUCAGACCGCAAGACAUGGAGGCGGAACCGGAUGCUACCGUCGAGGUACCUUGCCGGGCCGAGGGCAUCCCGAAGCCAGUGAUACAAUGGAAGAAGGACGGUAGCGCGCUUGAAGGCAACAGGAUCAAGAUUAUGCGUGGGGGGAGUCUUGUUAUUUUUAACGUGACUCCGCAAGACUCAGGCAGAUACGAGUGUUCGGCUAUAAACGAUUACGGCCGCGCAACUGCCGAUGCUUUGGUGCGCGUUCGGCAGCCCGGUGCGGCAGCGGAUACACUCGUCGUACGAGCCUUCCAAAGUGCCACCGAGGAGAUCGAUCGUGCCAUCAACAAAACGCUAUCGUCUCUCUUUAAUCCCGACGGCUCAUCCAAACAUAAUCCGUUCCGGGUGGCACGGUUUCCGGACGCGAUCGGUCGCGCGGCCGCCAGACCCGCCGAGCUCUUCGAGAGAACUCUCGUCAAUAUCCGACGUAUGGUGGAUGCUGGCAGUAAGGCAAACGUGACCGAUGAGUUUCGUUACGAGGAAAUCUUGACGCCUGAACAGGUCAAGGAAAUUGAACGAUUGUCCGGAUGCACCGGCCACAGACGUCGGCAGAAUUGCACCAACAGGUGCUUCCACCACAAAUACCGGACCGUGGACGGCAGUUGCAAUAAUCUGCGCCAUCGUACUUGGGGCUCGUCGCACACGGGAUUUCGUAGGAUUCUGCAACCCAUCUACGAAAACGGUUUCUCGAUGCCGGUCGGCUGGGAGAAAGGACGGCGGUACCACGGCUAUCCGAAGCCCGCUGCGCGCCUCGUGUCGACCACCCUGAUCUCUACUCACGAUAUUACGUCGGACGAUCAGAUCACCCACAUGGUGAUGCAGUGGGGUCAGUUCCUGGACCAUGAUCUCGAUCACGCGUUACCAUCGGUGUCGAGCGAGUCGUGGGACGGGAUUGACUGCAAAAAAUCCUGCGACAACGCCGCGCCCUGCUUCCCAAUGGAAGUGCCGCCGGGUGAUCCGCGCAUCAACAACAGACGAUGCAUCGACUUCGUGAGAAGUAGCGCCGUGUGCGGUUCCGGCGCGACCAGUAUACUAUGGGGUGGCCUGACGCCUCGGGAACAGCUGAAUCAGUUGACUAGCUACCUGGACGGAUCGCAAGUCUACGGCUACGACGACGAGCUGGCGCGCGAUCUGCGCGACUUGACGACGGAUCGUGGAUUGCUCCGGGAAGGUCCCACGCUGCCCGGUCAUAAGCCUCUGCUGCCGUACGCGUCCGGCCAGUUUGUCGACUGUCGUAGGAAUCCACUGGAGAGCUCGAUCAACUGCUUCGUAGCCGGGGACAUUCGCGCGAACGAGCAAGUUGGCUUACUGGCCAUGCACACUUUAUGGCUGCGCGAGCACAAUCGCAUCGCUCGCGCGCUACGCGAGACGAAUCCACACUGGAACGGCGAGAAACUGUAUCAGGAAGCGAGACGUAUCGUCGGCGCUGAGAUGCAACACAUCACUUAUCGGCACUGGCUGCCGCGAAUAUUUGGACCGGCAAUCGACGAAACUUCUCAGCUCUGGCCGCCGUACCGGGGCUACGAUCCCAACAUCGACGCCAGCAUAUCCAACGUUUUCGCCACCGCCGCUCUACGUUUUGGACAUUCGCUCAUCCAGCCGCGUCUCGAGCGCCUGAACGCCUCCUACCAACCGAUCCCUCAGGGUCCUCUCGAUCUGCGAGACGCGUUCUUCGCGCCCUGGCGACUGGUGGAGGAAGGCGGCGUCGAUCCUCUGAUCAGAGGUAUGUACGCCACGGCGGCGAAACUGAAGCUGCCCGAACAGAAUCUCAAUGUCGAGCUCACCGAACAGCUGUUCCGUACCGCGCACGCGGUUGCCCUGGAUCUGGCGGCGAUGAAUAUCCAGCGAGGAAGAGAUCACGGUCUUCCCGGCUAUCUAGAAUGGCGCGCUUAUUGCAACAUGUCGCGCGUGGAGACGUUCGAGCAUCUCGCCGACGAUAUCAGCAGCAGUCGAGUGAGACAGAAGCUGCGCGAACUCUACGGCCACCCGGGCAACAUAGACGUCUGGGUCGGUGGUAUUCUCGAGGAUCAAUUGCCGGGGAUGAAAGUCGGACCGUUGUUCAAAUGUCUCCUAUUGGAACAAUUCCGGCGGACCCGGGAUGGCGAUCGGUUCUGGUAUGAGAAUCCGAGCGCUUUUACCGCGGAACAGCUCGCACAGAUCCAACAAGCGUCACUAGCCAGAAUCUUGUGCGACAACGGCGACAAUAUUACUCGCGUGCAACCCAACGUGUUUCUACUGCCCGAAGGUCGUAAUGACUUUGUCAGUUGUGACGAGAUUCCUUACGUAGACUUGAGCGCGUGGUCCGAUUGUUGCGACAAUUGCGAGGAUCAUCGCGACAAUACUAUUUCUCGCUUGCGCGCGCGUAGGGAAGCUGAGAAAUAUUUUGCACCCAGUCGCGACUACGUCAAGGACAUGGAUUCGUUAAAUCGCGACGAGAAAGUCGAAUAUUUGCAGAGGAUGUUCGAAGAAAGUGAUCGAGAGGCUAAGACAUUGCGAGAGCAGGCUGACGAUUUGUCGCGAAGAGUGAAAGAACUCGAGUCACUUUUAAAAGACAUUGCAACACGACGAUAGAAAAAGAUCAUCCUUUCUCUCUUAUCGCGGAUAGUCGCGCUCUUGCAAUCUUGCAUUUCAGAUAUACGCCAUAUUCUUUAUGCAGUUAUUACUGUUGUAAAUAGAAGCAUUUGCAGAAGU